AUGCUGUCGGAAUCAGCAGUGAUUCUCGCAGAGAAAAUAGACCUCUUCACCAGUGUCAAUUCCACUCCCCAGCUUGGCCAUCUGAGCGAGAUUGCUCGUGGGGCCUUUAAGUUUGCUUCCGCUAUCCAAGCACUCGCUGCGUUCCGCUCCGCCCCGGCGGAAGUUGAGUGUGUCUCGGCAGGCCAUCCACAGCAGUGGAACCAGAGCCUCCCAAGUCUCGACACUUUAGCAGAGGAGCCAGUGGGAAAGCCCGGAAUGCCUACUCUUGCAGUCACCAAUUUCAACGUUGUAUGUGCUACCUUGGGUGGCUUUAUCACGCUCUUUGGUCUGGUCUCGUACCUGUUUAAAGAACAAUUCUAUUUGUCGGAAGCACUGAUCUCCCUUCUUGCGGGUGUUACCUUCUCCCCGCAUGCUGCCAAUCUCAUAAAGCCGAUAGACUAUGCUCUGGGCAGCCGAGAAGCCUUAGAUGACAUCACUCUUUACUUCAGCCGGCUAGUCCUGGGAGUCCAGCUUGUUCUUGCUGGUGUCCAACUACCGAGCCGCUAUCUCCUUAAAGAAUGGAAGAGUCUCUCUCUUCUCCUUGGCCCGGGGAUGCUAGGCAUGUGGAUAUGUAGCAGUCUCGUUAUCUUUGCCCUCGUGCCAAAGCUGCCGUUCCUCCAUGCCCUAGCUAUUGCCGCAUGCAUCACCCCCACAGACCCAGUGUUAUCUAACUCGAUCGUCAAGGGCAAGUUCGCUGACAAAAAUAUACCACGUCCCUUGCAGAGAAUUAUCAUAGCUGAAUCCGGUGCUAAUGACGGGCUCGGGUACCCUUUCUUAUUCUUUGCCAUGUAUCUCAUCCAGUACAAUGAAGCUGGAGGAGCACGCAAAGCGAUGGGCUUGUGGUUUGGUGAGACAUGGGGAUACACUAUUCUGCUGAGCGUCGUGUACGGAGUCGCCGUGGGCUGGGUAGCUAAAGAGUUGCUCCAUUGGGCGGAGGAGAACAGAUAUAUCGAUAGGGAGAGCUUCCUUGUCUUUGCUGUCGCGUUAGCCUUGUUCAUCAUCGGUACCUGCGGCAUGAUUGGGAGUGACGAUGUGCUCGCCUGCUUUAUUGCGGGAAACGUCUUCACCAUUGACGACUGGUUCCGCCUUGAGACCCUUGAUGACUCUCUCCAGCCAACCAUUGACAUGCUACUGAACUUGUCUGUCUUUAUGUGGUUUGGCGCUGUUUGCCCCUGGCCCAUCUUCUUGAACAACAACAUUAUUCCUAUAUAUAGGUUAAUCGGGCUAGGGAUCCUGGUUUUAUUAUUCCGCCGGCUUCCUGUUGUUUUUGCUAUGCACAGGUAUAUCCACCAGAUUGAAGAGUUUCGCCAGGCUGCCUUCGUCGGAUUUUUCGGUCCCAUUGGUGUCAGUGCCAUCUUCUACCUAUAUGUUAGCCUGGAAUACGUCAGGCAUAACCUUAUAGUAGAUGGGACGGUAAGAGAAGACGGGGAGCGUCUUAUUGAGACGAUGUACAUCGUCGUUUGGUUCUUGACUAUCUGCAGUAUUGUAAGUGUUGCUACCCUAGGCUCACUAAUCUACUCAUUUUUGCUUUAGGUAGGCUAAUGGUUCUCCUAGGUUGUCCAUGGGCUGUCCAUUCCAAUUGGAAAGCUCAGUUUCAGCAUUCCACGGACGAUUUCCAGUGCCCUCAGCACGAGCAUCGAUAUAGAUUCCGAGCGUGGCCCACACUCUGGAGUUAACACUCCGGGUUUGCAACAUACAGCAAGUAUAGCUACUUCUACUCCUGCUCUGAGAACUUCAAGUUUCAUACCAGCUAGAUUCCGCAAGCAACCUACAACAAAAAGUGGCCGUCCGCGAGACGAUCCCCCAACCCCAGUGGCAUUUCGCAUUGGUCGUACCGUCAUUCCAGAACGCAAUGAUAUGGGUGGCAAUGGACCUGAUAAUAUACUGCCCUCAUCCGACACGACCAUUGCAAUCCCACAGAGGGUCAAAGACUAAAAUUGCAUCAGGGGAACAUAUGCUAAAGCAUAGGAUACUGCGUUUUGCUCGCCUAUGAACAGCGAGUGUCAAUAUGUAAGAUCGAAGGACGAAAACAACAACAGUAGUAGGUCAGCUGCAGGAGAAGGAUAUGGGUAUGGGUAAGUUGAGUGUAAUUCACACUAGGUGUCUGUCUCCAAUAGUGGACCAUAUACUUCGGUUUCACCAGCGGGUGAUGGAUGAAUGGUGGAAGUGGAUGAUUGUCCAAUUGGAAAAUAGAGAGAGUAAAUAUAUAAAACAGAUUGGAUACAAUUAAGUUAUGUCAGAACUUUUACUACAUCGUCACACUUACUGGAUAAUCUGGGCUCUCGAGUAGUCCUAUCCGUUGGACUUCUCGCUAUUCCCUAGCAUCUGGCCUCUUUCACCUGUUCGAAUCUCCUCUGGAUCCGCUCUAGCGGGCAUUCCAGCCUCUUUGUAAAUCUUAUCAAUGCAUUCCACGUGAUAAAUAACGUCGUCAUUAGAAUGCAGCAUAUAGGCUCCUUGCCUCUGACUUUCUCGAGAAAUGCUUCCAGUUGCCAUCUAUAUGUGCUCCAGUAACUCUUCCCCCCUUUU